AUCAUUCUCAGGAAAGAACUUGUCUCUUUGGGAUGUCAGGAACUGUCACAUCACAGAUAAGCCCCACUAUGUUGUGACUUUCACUAUUCCUGGACUGUCACUUGAAAGUUUUGACAAUUACAGUAACGCAAAUAUUAUCAGCCUCAUGAAAACUGCGAUGGCAGCUAGAACAUACAUUCUCCAUCAUCCUGACCCGGUGACGGGAGACGUAUUCCUUGACUGGCCGAGAGUUACCAGCGACAGAUACAUGUUUAUGUCGUCAGCAGAAUACACCAUGUCCCGAAGACUGUAUGACUCCAGCAUUCCAAAAUGGCCUCUUGAUGCCAGAUUCUCCUUGGGAAAUGUUGGAAACUCAUCUGUGUCUUACGUAAUUGAGCUUUAUGUUCACAACGAGAAUACAGCCCCCUUGUGGAAAUGUGUGACUCAAUCAGUGUCCAUUGACACUGCUACACGCAAACCUUCACCCCUGCCAGACUGGUUCAAGGACAAGUAUAAAGGGAAAGGUUGUAUGGACAAGGGCUUCAUAAUCAGAGGGUUUGAUCGACCCUCCCUCACAUACAAGCACCAUAUUAGUUUACACAGGUCACUAAUAAAUUUGCGAAGCCUCUAUGUUGGCAUCUCAGGACCGAAAGUUUCGAGCCAACAUCAAAGCUAUGUUGGCAUCUCAGGACCGAAAGUUUCGAGCCAACAUCAAAGCACUCUAGGUAAAACUAUUGUCUUCUUCUUCUUCACUUCCUCUUUUACCGCUGUGGGUGUCGAGGGAGAUAUAAGGUUCUGUUUCUGGCUCUUCUGGCCGCCUCGACCAUAG